AUGCCCUCGAAGCCGCUCAAGAGUGCGCUUGUCACGCCGCCUAGCAGCCCGCCGGAACACAACAGAGGCAGGAGGAAGAGAGCCCACUUCCGAGACGAUUCCACUGAGCCUGACCCAGUGCUUCGACGGACAACAACAGCGCCACCGGAGCUUGGCGAAGGCGUCACAUCGGAAGUCAAUACUACAGGCUCUGCCGGUCUGGGACCGGGGCAAAUCGAGAGUGGAACACCCUGUGACGAAGUGGACGCUAAGGACGCCGCUGGGCGGCGGUGGAAGCUUGUUGUCAAGAUGAUGGUCGACGAGGUCAAGCGAGUGGAGGGUGCACGCUGUGACAGCGCUCCAGACCCUCUUAUACUGGAGGUCGAGGACGACGCCGAGGAGAGUACGGAGACCGAGCACGAUACUCACGGCUUUGAGCUCGAGCACGAUGAUCAGGAGGAUGAAGAUGAUGUCGCUGAAUUUCCGGACGACGAACCGAACAAUGACGACGCAGCCACAGAGUCCGAAUCUGACGAAACGAUCGCAAGCGACAGUGGCGAAGAAUACCACGAUGCCGCGUCCGGAGACGGUGACUUGACCCCGACAUUCGAGCAAGAUGAUUUUACAGAGAGCAAGCCGACUCUGACUGUUCACACCGAGAUCGAAUCCGAGCCUUCUGCCACUGCUGUUAAUAGACAUGUUCGACGAAGCACCGACGAUGGACCCGUAGGCCUGUCGGUCGAUCAGCAAGCGGACAACGAUCGCUACUCUGUGGAGUUCAUCAUGCCCAUCAUUGGCGAGACGAAAGGCCUAGAGGGAGCCAGCUCACGGCCACAGCUUGCAUCUCAGCAACGUAUCGCUGCGCCAUCCUUAGCAGGUCGACGAGUCUCAGAGUCUGGACUGAGCGGACAUGUUGUGAGAGGGGACGGUCAACCACGCCGCCGGGCUUCGUCCAUGACCGACUUUCAGCAGUUGAAAGAGCGACUCAAACUGCAUCCCUUCUCUGUCAAGGCAACACCCGCAGACUGCGCCAUUAGUGCUUGUAGUGUUCGCGUGGCAACGCCACCAAGGCUGAACACUGUCUAUGAGCAUUCUGGUGGCUGCUAUCUGCCGUUUUCGCAGAGGGAAAGCGCUAUCAGAACAGCGCAGACUGUCACUUCGGCAUCGAGCAUGUACCGGAUGGUCUGGGAGGAGCCUGCUUGGGAAAGUCCGGAGAGCGAUACGGCGGUAAUCGAGCAGCCAUUCAGAAUCGAUGCUGCGGACGAUCCAAACGCUCUGCAAGCUCAUGUGCAAAUGCCGAGUCCGAUUGGCAAGGCAAAGGCCAAGCUUGCCGCAUGGUCGUGGGCUCGCGAGAGAGGCCAUGACGAGCAUGAUGAUUCCCGGCUGAUAUCUCUGCUGUCGCUCGACAUCGACGCGCGUAGACACGCCUUAGAGUCCAGCCCAUCUGGAGAGCAUCCACUUGCUCCGCCAAACACCGCCACCUCGUCUGCUCGCCACUCUGGCCCGCACACACCGCAUGACCUGGAAGCCGACGACCGGGUCGAAGAAGAAGAGACGAACGAGGAAGUAGAAGACGACAGUCCAGUCGAGCUGCGCUUCCGCUCGGACUUCCAUCGCAUACGCUCCAUGUCCGCGCCGGCGAUGCAAGACUACCUGACCGCCCCCACAGUUCCGCGCACCAACUUACCCACCCUGCACCUGCCCGACUCGCCCGAGCGUUUUGGCGGACUGCCCCGGCAUCUCUCGAACCUCGCCGAGAUGGACGAGCACUUCCGCUCUCAUCGCGACUCGCUGGACGUUUACCACCAACGCAUGCGGGGCGAGGAGCGCGUGAACCAGCUUCUGGCCAACAGCAAGGACUCCUUCGUGCUCGCGAAGAGCAAGUACGAGGCCAAGUAUCCGGGUUCGACCAGUGCCGCAAAGGGCCACAUUCAGUGGAGUCGGUAUGGAGGGUUAAGUCCGAUUAUGGAUGCGAGUCCACCGGACGCGAGGAAAGUAGCUGCUGAGAAGGGGUUGUCGAGGCUUGAUGAGGCUUCGAGGCGGCUAAAGAAAGAUGUGGCCAAGGACAAGGAGGAUGACGCACAGAAGGAAGACGAGGGCCAGCAGAAGUGGUACAAAGCGGUGUACAGAAGAGAUGAGGAUGGAAUGCUGGUACUGAAGCUGCUGGGUGAGGAAGCUUCGCCCUGA